ACUUCCUCUCUACUCAUCGUUUCUUUGUAUUCAAUUUCACGAACAAUUAUUGACAAUUUCUUCAUCAUAAUCAUUUUCAAUUUGCAUUUGAAUCGUCCUUUUUGUUGAUUGUGAUUCUCAAUGUAACUGAUAAGUAAUUUGGAGUAACUAAAAUCCAACCCCACUUAGUUUAUGUGCCAAUUUUGUAAACUUUUAUACAGUGUUCUAAAGGGGUUUUGUUUCAUGUGAACAUUUAUCAACAUGCAGGAAGAAAAUUUCACAAUCUGUUUUUUUUGUGUGUUGUGUGUUUCUGUUAUGCCAUUGUGAGAAUUCUGUUUCACUGUUUUGUAUGGAUGUAAUUCCACCAAAUCAACAUGCUUUGGAAGUUUAAUGUUGCCCUUGCAUUUCUCUUAUAAGAGAAUGAUUCAUGUAUUGGCCUAAAAUUAGGGAACCAAGCUAUAGGCUCCACAAUUGGUUGGUUUGUCUAUUAAUGGUGGAAAUAUAUUUAACUAGGGUUAGUUGUCUUGAAGAAUUGGUGUUGCCAGCACCCAAUUUGAUCGCCUUUUCUUUUCAUUUUUAUUUGUUAUUUUUGGAAGAAUAAGAGAAAAACUUGUUAUUGAAUGAGAAAAUCUCUUAGCCCGAUUUAAUUUAUUUCGUGGCUUGGAAGUCCUUGGACUAAGAUAUUGAGUACAUAUUUCAUUAGUUUGGUAGAAAUGUGCUUGAAAUCAAGACUUAGAUUAUGAUUGUUGAUUUCUUAAUUUCAGUGAGAGGAUGUUGGUCCUUUAUUCGAAGGAGGAUUCACAUACAGAUGUGAGAGGAAUUUGAUAGGAGACAGCAUCAUGAAAAAGAAAAAAAAGAAAAGAAAAGAGAGAUUUUAGCAAGUGAUUGAUGGAGUUCUAAGAACAGGCAGCUUUGAAGGAGAGAAGAGUUUGUUACUUGUGUUGGCACUACAGAGAGGAUUGCUGUAAUAUGACGGCAUUGAUACGGAUCAACAAGGAAUUAAGGGACAUGGUCAUGGAUCCUCCUUUAUUGUGUAACGGCGGCCCAGUCAGUGAUGACUUGUUCCAUUGGCAAGCUACCAUUGUGGGCCCUAAAGGUAGCCCAUAUGCCCGUGGUGUGUUUCUUUUGUCAAUUGAAUUCACUAAAGAUUAUCCCUUCAUACCACCCAAGGUUUCAUUCCGCACAAAGAUUUUCCAUCCUAACAUCCAUACCAAUGGUACUAUUUGCCUUGACCUUCUCAAAGACGAUUGGAGCCCUGCCCUUACAAUAUCCAAGGUUCUCAUUUGUAUUGCCUCUCUGCUGACAAGUCCCAACACAGAGGAUGCAGUGAUGCCUGAGGUUGCUGAGAUGUACAAGAAUGACAGAGAAAUGUACGUGGCUACUGCUAUGGCAUGGACCCAGAAGUAUGCCUUGCGUGGCGAGACUCCAAAGUUUUAAGUAACUUUGAAGAUUAAAGGGGAUGUAUUAUGGAGUUGUGUUAUCCAUGUAGUGGACUCUACCUGUCUAGUGUGAAAUGGUUUGGUUGUUGUUAAGUUUAUGUUGUCGUCGUUGUUGUUAAGUUUAUGUUGUUAUCGUUGUUGUUGUUGUUGUUGUUAAGUUUAUGUUUUAUGGACCUAAAAUAAGUGUGUUCGAACUGAUGUUUUGUGUAAAAGCCCUGUAAGCAAGUUGUGUUUAAAGUUAUAAUUAAUUUGAUGAAUA